CUAUCAUCAAUUUUAAACAAAUCAAUUCAACCAUGCCUUCUGCAACAGUUCCUCAAGCACUUUUCUCGCCCAUCAAAGUUGGAAAACAUCAACUUCAACACCGUGUUGUACUUGCUCCAUUAACCCGUUUCAGAGCUACAUUAGAUGCUGUACCAACUGAUCUUCAAGUGGAAUACUACACACAAAGAGCAACCGAAGGCGGUCUUUUGAUCAGUGAAGCUACAUUUAUUGAUCGUAUGGCUGGCGGAUACUUGAAAGCGCCUGGUAUUUACACUCAAGAUCAAAUUGAAGGCUGGAAGAAAGUCACUGCUGCUGUUCAUGCCAAGAAAGCUACCAUGUUCUUGCAACUCUGGCAUAUCGGUCGUGCCGGUGCUGAUUAUCUCAAUCCUAACUUUGAGCCCCCUGUGUCUGCAUCGGAUAUUCCUAUUGUCACCGGUAAAAACUUGACAGGAGGUGAUUAUGGAUUUCCUCGUGCACUUGAAAUUCCCGAGAUCAAGGUGAUUGUAGAGCAAUAUCGUCAAGCCGCAUUGAAUGCCAUUGAAGCUGGAUUUGAUGGUGUUGAAAUUCAUAGUGCCAAUGGAUAUCUUUUAGAUCAGUUUAUUAAUACGUCCAGUAAUAAGCGUACGGAUAUGUACGGAGGAAGUAUUCCCAACAGAGCCCGAUUCUCACUGGAGGUACUUGAUGCAGUUGUUGAAGCUGUGGGUGUAGAGCGUACCGCUAUUCGAUUCUCACCUGGUGAAGAUUGGCAAGAUAUGCAAGAUGAUACUGUGGUUGAAACAUGGAGUUACCUUACGAGUCAAAUCCAAGCCAAAUACCCAGAUUUAUCGUACCUUCACUUUAUUCAAGCGCGUGCCAAUAUCAACAAGACGGACAAUUAUGUUGCUCCCGCACAUGGUCUGGAUGCCUACCGUCAAAUUUGGAAAGGACCAUUUAUUUCUUCCAGUGGAUUUUCUACAAGUCGACAAGAAGCUUUUGAUAUUGCUGAAAGUACCGGCAAUUUGAUUUCGUUUGGUCGUGCUUUUAUUUCCAACCCUGAUCUUCCUGCACGUCUCUUAAAUGGUUGGGAACUUACAAAGUAUGAUAGAACUACCUUUUACACUGAUGGACCUGAGGGAUACACGGACUACCCUGCUUAUAACAGCAAAAAUUAG